CACCAUCUCGCAAGUUGCUGCAAGAAAAGCAAGAUCAAAAGCAACCAGAGCCCCGCAUCCUCGACGCCAGCUUCUCCUCGCAGUCGCAUGCACGUACGCCUCCACGCCACGCGCUAUCUUCAUCUUCCUCCUGCUGUUAUGGCUAUGGCUUCUUCCACCGCCGCGCGGCACCCCCCACUUCUUGUUCUGGUGCUGAUCAUCGUCGUUCUUCUGCUGUCCUCCUCCCCUGCCAUCGCGGCGGCGGGGCCCCCGAGCGCAUCGGCGGGGCAGGGCUUCCACGUGGCGACGACGCCAUUGCAUGAUGCAAGCGUGGCCAAGAACGGCGCGGGGAGACGACCGGUCGGCGGGGGAAGGAGGAGGAGAGCAGACCGCGGCGGAGGCACCGGCGCGUGGGCGUUCUCGGCGAUGCUGCCCCGGGGGUUCGUGCCGCCGUCGGGCUCGUCGGCGUGCCACAACGACAUGCCGGCCACCGCCGCCGAUGACCAGUACUACACAUGCGGGGGCUCCGUGAGGCCGUGACGACCGAGAAGGAUCCGGUUCUUGCCCGCCUGCUUCGACUGAGAAGGAUCCAGUUCUCGACGAGGUUCUUGCAAGUGUAAAUAUGGUGAGGUUUUAACCUCGCCUUCUUCUCCGGUUACUCGCGAGGGACUUGGGGGCUCUGAAUCGGACGAUGGAGCCCUGGCGAUGCACGCGAGCUCUUGUUGUUGUUGUUCCGGUGGCCCCCUGUUCUGAACUUCUGAUCGAAUGUGACAAUGCUCCCAGUUUCUAGCACAUUUAAAUACUCUGAUCUUCUCCUUGUUGUCAUCAUCUCCUAUCGCAGCUUCGUAAGUCGAAAACAUUUGUUUAGUUCGGAGUACGUCCUUUCCUGUA